AUGCAAAUCAAGUCCUCUCUUCUCACCAUCUUUACUGUACUAGCUGCACCAGCAGUCAUCUCUGUACCUUUAACUACGAUUACAGUGCCAGUCCCAUAUCCACAGGCAAUUCCCGUGCAACCAGUUGCGUAUCCCAGUGCCGAUGAGAAGAUAUUCAUCACCGGCGCUUUCCUCAGUGAUAAAAUUGUCACCGAUGCCCUAGCUUUCGUCAACUCGGUCGUUGACCCCAACAUUCUUGCCAUAUUGCCUUCAACGUACAUUCAGUAUUCGAAUGUGGUCUAUCAUGACAAUGCUGUGAACAAUUGCUAUUGGCCAUUAAAUGGGUGUGUUCGUGCCACGGACGUGAUCGAUUGCCAGAAGGACUACCAGUGGGGUUUGACUUAUGAUGACGCACCUACUUCGAAUGUCGUCAAUGGUGUGAACUACAAUGACAGCAUAUCGAUUUUGGACUCUCUGAAUGAGCUCAAAGUUAAAGCUACCUUCUUCGUUACUGGAUCUCAAGCCACCUACUAUGCAGCAACUCUUCAAACACUUGCCAACAAUGAUAUGCACAUUGCUCACCAUUCCUGGUCUCAUCAUCCAAUGACGUCUCUCACCAACACUCAAAUCGUUGCUGAAAUCAUGUAUACUCAAGCUAUGAUCUACAAAGUAACUGGUCUUACUACCCGCUACUUUCGUCCACCAUAUGGUGACAUUGAUGACAGAGUCCGCGGGAUUAUCGCAGCUCUAGGCUUCAAAAUCAUCAUCUGGGAUUCCGCAUACGAUUCAACUGACGCAGAUGUAGCUGCUACGCCAGAGAAUUAUGAGAAAGUCAUGGCUCGUAUCAGAAGCUGGUUUAAUGUUGCCAAAGGAUUCAUUUCUUUGCAACACACCAUCUCAACUUUUACGUCGGGUACCUCUGUCGCUGCACUACAAGAGAUCAUAAAGAUGGGCGGUAUUAAGAAUCAGCUCAUGACUGUUCCUCAGUGCAUCGGUGAUUCUCAAUGGUAUAUGAACAAGAACGUCAACACCGUCUUUAAUUCUUGCACCCUUCCUGGAGGUUGUAAUGGUGCAACAGUAUCGCCAACAGCAUCCACAGCUCAAGCAUCAGUCGUACCAUCUGUAAAACCAUCAUCUACCCCUUCUCUGUCUUUAAAGUCUACUCUAUCAUCUACAAGUCCCACUGCGACGCCGUCGGCAAGUCCUCUCAUCAGUGACAUUACUUCUGAUGCUAUUCGCUGGCCUAGCUCAACUUCCUCGUAUUUGGGUCUCUUCACAAUUGCUGUGUUAAUGAUCACAGUUUAA